AUGGCGGCGGUGACGGUAGAGGAGGUGAGGAAGGCGCAGCGGGCGGAGGGUCCGGCGACGGUCCUAGCCAUAGGCACGACGACGCCGGAGAACAUUGUGUACCAGGCAGACUACGCUGACUACUACUUCCGGGUGACCAAGAGCGAGCACCUCGUCGAUCUCAAGGACAAGUUCAAGAAGAUGUGCGACAAAUCAAUGAUACGCAAGAGAUAUAUGCACUUGACUGAGGAAAUCUUAGAGGAGCAUCCCAACAUCUGCGCGUACAUGGCGCCCUCGCUGGAUGCGCGGCAGGACAUCCUAGUCGCUGAGAUACCCAAGCUGGGGAAGACGGCGGCGCAGAAGGCCAUCAUGGAGUGGGGCCAGCCAAUGUCCAAGAUCACGCAUCUGGUGUUCUGUACCACCUCCGGUGUGGACAUGCCAGGCGCCGAUUACCAGCUGAUAAAGAUGCUCGGCCUCAGCCCAUCGGUGAGGCGCGUGAUGUUGUACCAGCAGGGCUGCUUCGCCGGUGGGACGGUGCUCCGUGUUGCCAAAGACCUCGCCGAGAACAACCGCGGCGCUCGCGUGCUCGUCGUCUGCUCAGAGAUCACCGCCGUCACAUUCCGUGGCCCUACCGAGACCCAGCUCGACUCGAUGGUCGGCCAGGCUCUCUUCGGAGACGGUGCAGCCGCGGUGAUCAUCGGUGCGGACCCCAACAUGGCCAUCGAGAGGCCUUUGUUCGAGCUGGUUUCGGCAAGCCAGACAAUACUGCCAGACACAGAGGGCUUCAUCGAAGGCCACCUCCGGGAGGUGGGGCUCACCUUCCACCUCCACAGGAAUGUGCCAGUGGCCAUCUCCAACAACAUCGAGCGCGCGUUGGUGGACGCAUUCGCGCCGCUGGGCAUCGACGACUGGAACUCCAUCUUCUGGGUGGCUCACCCUGGUGGCCCGGCGAUCCUGGACAUGGUGGAGGCAAGGGCCAAGCUCGACAAGAAUCGGAUGCGUGCCACCCGGCACAUCCUCUCGGAGUACGGUAAUAUGUCCAGUGCGUGCGUCCUCUUCAUCCUCGACGAGAUGCGCAAGCGCUCUUUGCAAGAUGGAAACGCCACCACCGGCGAAGGCAUGGACUGGGGCGUGCUCUUCGGCUUCGGCCCUGGUCUCACCGUCGAGACCGUAGUCCUCCACAGUGUCCCAAUCUCCGCGCCAUGA